CCGCUCCACGGUGCGGAUAGUCGCUGUUAUGGCGGUGCAUAACCUGUUCGACUCGAUCCUCGCGAUAGAACGGUAACCGAUAUCCAUUUCUCGGGCGAGCCCUCCGUGUUUCGCCGAGCGGCCGCGAUGGAGGAGCGAUCCGAGGAAACUUCGCCGAGUGCGACGCCGAUGGUGGCCGUCAAGGAGGAGCCCACGGAGCAGAUUGGGCGACCCGACAAGCAGGGCCAGGAGACCGCUGCCUGCAACGAGGAAGACGGCGAGCAGCGCAUCGAGUGCACAACCGAGACGCAGGAUGCCGACGCGCGCUCCUGUCUCACCAAGUGCGUCUUCUGCGGGAAGAUGCUCACCUCCGCCGACGACUCGAAACUCCUGGAGUGCCUCCACGCUGCGUGCUCGGCCUGCGUCUGCAACAAGCUCAGCGAGCACAACGCCUCCGUCGACGUGGAUGUUUUGGUAGAGAGCAACGUCCUUACAUGUGACAUUUGCAAUAUAACGAGUCAAGUUGAGAACAUGAUAGAGAACAGAUUUCUACCAAAGUUAAGUGACGAGGAGGACAAUGCCGAAGAUGAUAGCAAGGAAGUCGAGGAGAAGCAAAAGUGCACAAGUUGUCAUGAUGACGCCACGGCAACCAGUUGGUGUGUGGAGUGCGAAGAGUUUAUUUGCGAGAAUUGUGUCAUGGCUCACCAACGAUUAAAAAUAACUAAAGAUCACACGAUCAAGCCCAAGGACAAGCUCGAUGACGAUGGCAAAACUGGAAAAAAAAGUGGUAAAAAGUUACCAGGCUAUGUGUUCUGCACCGUUCAUCCUCACGAACAAAUCACGCUCUUCUGUCAAACCUGCGAUACGUUGACAUGUAGAGACUGUCAACUACACGAACACCGAGACCAUAAGUACAAGUUCAUCCAUGAAAUUGCUUUGGAGACACGCAAUUCAGUGUCGACUUUGCUCAAAGAAGUCAGUUACAAAAGGGUUUUGUUAAAAAGUGCUAUGAAAGUCAUCGAGGAUCGGCAGGUUCUCAUUUUGGAGAAGAAGAAGAACCUAGUUCAUGACAUCACACAGAUGGUUGUACAGUUAACAAAUGCAAUAAAUACCAGAGGGAAACUACUGAUAAUGCGGUUAAACGAAGUCUGCGAUCAAAAGCAAAAUACUUUGAAUGAGAAGAAGGUUGCGCUGGACCAGCUGUCCAAGCUUACGGAUCACUGUAUCCAGUUUGUGACGUAUGCUUUGGACAAGGGCUUGGAUGUCUCCUUGCUGUACAGUAAAAAAUCGAUCACCGGCCACCUUCAGCGAAUAAAAAGCAGGCGAGCCGAUAUUCCUAAUCCAGAGAUUCCGGUGAGAAUUCAUCUAUCGCUGGAGAAGGUUUCCGACUUGAUUAAAGUGGUGUCGUCCAUCGGAGCGAUCGUAGUGGACGGCCGGGUGUACCCAUCGGUCUCCCCUUCGUCGGGAUCCAGCACUCCAUCCCUGGGAUUCGGAGAACAGUCCACCGAGACUAAGCCUUCUCUGGUUCCGACGAACGCCCACCACGAGUCGACAAUUCCUCUGUUCCACCUGCCCUCUGCGACCCUCCCUUCGGGCAGCGUGCAACAGGCCAGCUACCAGCAACUGCCACUGCACCUCUCCCUGCAGCAGCAGCAACAGCAGCAGCAACAGUCGACGCAGCAGCAGCCGCCGGGCUACGUGCAGCACUACGGCCACAAUGCCCCGCCGCGGUCUUCGCCGCAACUACAGCAGCACCAGCAGCAACCUCAGCAGCCGCACCAGCAACGGGUCCCCUACAACGUCAGCUUCGCCGGUAAUCGUCUCCAGGGAUCGCUGAUGCUGACCCAGCGACCCAUUGGCAGCUGCCACCAGCAGGUGACCUCCUCGACGCAUCCGCAGCACCAGCAGGUGCAGCACCUGGAGCAGCAGCACGGGCAGACUCCCAGUCUCAGGGGACUCCUGGGAUCUCCGGGAUUCAGGCCGACCACGAAUCAUAUACCUUAUAGACUGCCGCCGGCGUACAGGUAUCCCGCGGGAGGCACCAUGUCGCAGAGGGCGCUGCCGGCGCAUCCGUACUCUCCCAACGGCGGCGCUCAGCCAAUCAGGUAUCAGCAGUGCGGACUUGCUGCAGCGCAGCAGGUGCAGCAGGUGCAACACGCCGGUUUCGCCGUGCAGCAGCAGCCUGCCGCUCGCUGGCAUAUACCGCAGAACGUAAACCCCUGCGUGCCGUACUACUCGGCGAGGCAGGCCUCGGCACCGCCCCUCGGGGUCCCCGUUAACGACGCGUACAAGAUCACCCUGAAGAACCAGCAGCCUGGAGCGGCCCAAAAGUUCGCGCCGGGCGGCGCCACCGGCGGCGAUAACGCCGCCCAGUCGCAGGGAGCCUCCACUCCUGGACAAGCGGUGAGCUCCUCGGUGCCGAAGACUCCAAGUCCCAUACCUCACCAGGGAAAGACGGACGAGACGGAGAAGAGCCUGGACAAGUUCUGUCAGAAGUCCCUGAACGACCUGAUGCUCACUAUCGCGAAGCUGGACAGCAAUGGCAUCGUUGUUAUUCCAGAGGCACAGAGGAAUCAGAUGGAGGCCGCCCAGGUCGACAGCUCCGUAGACGAGACCCUUCACUCGCUUGCAGACAACGCGUCAGAUCAUGCGAAAAAUACAGUAUCUAUGACUAAAGAUGAUCCAAACGAGGAUUGGUGCGCCGUGUGCAUGGACGGUGGCGACGCGGUCCUCUGCUGCGACAAGUGCCCGAAGGUGUUCCAUCUAUACUGCCAUAUUCCAAGUCUGAAGUCUUUUCCGCACGAAAGCGAGACUUGGCAGUGUAUGUUGUGCACGAAUAUUCUGGAUUGCUCCGACGACCCUCCAAAUGAAAAGAGGCCGAAUGGAAUGACCGCCAGAGAACUGAGGAUCGCUCAGAGGAUCGUUUUGGAAUUGUACUGCCAGUACGAGCAGAGCCUUCCGUUUCGUGAAAUCGUCUCCUCCGAGAUCGUAGAGUAUCAUCGCAUAAUCAAGAAGCCGAUCGCUCUCGACGUGAUAAGGGACAAACUGAAGUCGGACCACCCUAAUCACUAUACCGAUUUAAGGCAGGUCAUGGCCGAUAUCCGACUGAUGUUCAAGAACGCGUUUACUUAUAAUCCUGUGGAGUCGCAGGUCUAUCAGGAAGCCCGCAACCUGGAGGAGUUCUUCGAGAAACUUCUCCUUAAGUGGGCGCCGAAUUACGCUUACGACGAUCCUUUCCUCGCCGCCGAGGGCGAAGAGGACGAAGAAGUCUUCCCGCCUAAUCAGAAAUACCGACGCAUAAUUAGCGACUAAUCAAUGGCGAUCCCCGACUACUCAGGACUUGGGGAACAAGAGAAGACGAGUCUCUCUCCCUUCUCUCUCAUUCUUGUGCAUAAUGCGAUGCAUCGUCGCGUUGGUUAGCGCGCCACUUUCAAGAUGGCCGCGGCAUCGCAUCGAUGCGAAUUCGAAAAGGCUCGUCCCGGGUGUUAUAAAAAAACGGCACCGAGGGAUGUUCACGUUUUUACGUUCGGCAGAUCUUUCAUUCGCAGAUCUUGCGGAGGAACCGAGUCGAGUUAAUUGUCUGUACAUAUUGAAUUGGAGACGACAUCGUUGCAGCAGGUCGUGGAGGAAAUAACAGGAACCGAUGCACUCUGUCCAGGGUGAUUCGCGACUCAUCGACUCAUUGUCCUAUACGACAUUUAUCUUUGAUUUUGUACAACGAGUUUACAUGUACAAGGUGGAUGAUGAGUCGUGAAUUACUCGGUAUAUUAAAUGGCUAAAUCGAAAUGUGGUUUAUUAGCCCGUUACGAGGUUACACGUAGGGUUGCGCUGAUUUAGCCUCGGAGGGAAUUAAUUUGUAUACGAAUUAGUCUCGAUAGGAAUUAGUUUUGUAUACGAUCUCGAUGCCCCCUUAAUGGUUUUUUUAUCUCGAUGCUCCGUUAAUCAAUUUUUCUAUCGCCGCGAGUCCUCGGCAAAGGCUACUUUACAUAUCUCGAGAAUGCAGCGUGAUCUUUUUUAUCACACCUGCCGUUGCACAUCUAUUAUCCCAUUGGCUGUAAUAUUGACAAAUUGUUGUUAUCGCGCUUAGUAGUAAUUCUUCGCUGCUCGCCUAGAGAACAAAUUUUGCAACUAUGCCGGAAGGACGUGCAUGAUUAUUUUUUCCUUCUCGUUUUAGCUGCUCGAUGUACAUAAUUUUUACAAUUAAUUUGUCAGAUGUAGAUUAAGAAGUAACAUUACGUGUAUGUACGUAGUAAGCGCGGAUAGACGAAACAGCGUAGAAGCUUGUUAGCUGUAUCUCGAUUAGCUCCAGGGGGCUCUUCGCAGUUGAGGAACCAUCGAAGUGACAUUAUCCAAAAUUGAGGUGUUAUAUUUAUACAUAUAUUUAGAUAAAUAUAAAUAUUUUCUUAGAUUUGCUCUCCUAGUAAAUUACGCGUUUGCGUGGAUCAGACUUUUUGCUCCUGGCUAAGAGCUAAUCGCUGAGUAGAUGCUUAACUGUUCAGUUAUUUUAUAUUUAAACGAUGAGGAAUCGUUUCAUUUCCACUUAUUCGUGGUUUCCGAAAGUGGCGUCGUUUCGUUUAUCAGAGAACUUGGUUUGCAACCUUGAGCGAGUGUUCUUAGGGAUUUUUUUAUAUCGAAUUUCUGUACAAUUCAUCACAACCGAUGCGACCAAAUCGAAUCGGUUUCAAUUGUGAAUUAUUUCCCUUUGUGUUUAAUUGUUCCCUUGUGGGCCGUUGAAAUUAUUUGACUAUUUCGAGCCAAAUUGUUUUGUAGUUGUGGAUUCGAUUGGUACGAAGGAUUUCGUAGAAACAGCGUUUGCCAUCAGUUUAGCGAAUGCAAUUGUUGCGUGACUAUUGGUUCAUGAAAAUGUGUCUAUUUUUGUUUUAAAUAGAAUUAACCGGAGUAGAGAUUUAGUUGACGGAAACUGUUGAUGUUUUAACACUAAACCUACCAACGGUGGGACAAAUUAAUCAGUUUAAACGAUAUUUGUAAUGGGGGUAGAAAUCGUCGGUAGGUUUAGUGUUAAUUGGAUGGGAAAGAAGAGCAGACAAAGGGCGAAAUGAAUUUAAAUAAUAGUUAUCGGACAGUUAUUUCCUAAGCCAUCUGUUUCAUCUGAAAAUAUGCUCGUCCGAGGACUGCGACGUGGUAAUUCAACUGUCCCCUGAUUACAAUGUUAAUCGUUUGCAGAAUGGUCGAUGUUAAUAUCAUCGUACCACAUAUUGCACAACCUCGCACUAAAUUUGAUUUUCACUUUGAAUCGUUCAGCGGAUAAGAACGUCUGAAAAUGCCUUGCGAUGUUUAUAAACAUUUUGUAAAUACCGUCUAGUUAUAUAGUUAACGGUCGAUGAAUAAAGAAUAAAAGUAUCGAAGCUUCUGUGAAA